AUGUAUAAGAUGGAUUACUCCUACCUGAACUCCUACGACUCCUGCAUGGCGGCCAUGGAAGCGUCGGCCUACGCGGACUUCAGCUCGUGCAGCCAGGCCAGCUCGUUCCAGUACAACCCGAUCCGGACCGGACCGUUCUCCAACCCGGGCUGCAGCCCGCUCAGCACGGCCAGCUGCACGCUGGGGGCCCUGCGCGAGCACCAGCCCACCCCGUACUCCUCAGUCCCGUACAAGUUUUUCUCGGACCCCUCUGGCCUGAACGAGAAGAGGAAGCAGCGCCGCAUCCGGACCACCUUCACCAGCUCUCAGCUGAAGGAGCUGGAGCGCGUGUUCGCCGAGACGCACUACCCGGACAUCUACACCCGAGAGGAGCUGGCACUGAAAAUAGACCUGACCGAGGCCCGGGUCCAGGUGUGGUUUCAGAACAGACGUGCCAAAUUUCGGAAACAGGAGCGCGCAGCCAACGCCAAAGCCAACAGCUCUGGUGGCACCACCGGCUCCAACAGCAGCAGCAGCUCAGGGGGGAAGAAAGGUGGAGAGGCCAGAUCUUCAUCAGAUGAUGAUGAGUCCAAAGAGUCCACCUGCAGCCCCACCCCAGACAGCACGGCCUCCCUGCCCGGCUCCGCCAGUGGGAACCUGGGGAGCCCUGCCAGCCUGAGCCCGAGCCCGGCUCCUCCUGCCAACGGCGGCUACACCACCAACACCUCCGCUUCUCCGGUUCUCCAUGGCCUGAAGCCGCCCAGCUGGUCCAGCCUGGGCCCGUCCAACCCAGCGGUGGCCCAGCCAGCUGCCCAGACUCAGGAGAUCCUGAAGGCCUGGCAGCCGGCGGACAGUAUGACGGGGCCUUUUGCAGGAGUCCUGUCCUCCUUCCACAGAAAACCCAACCCUGCCAUCAAAACCAACCUGUUCUGA